AUGUUGAUUUCUAUCAUAGAACUUAUUCCUAAACCUAAAGAUAAUACGAUAUCAUUAUCCCAGACAGUAAAGGUGAGUUCAUCUAUCAUUAAAGCGAAAGAAAUCUCAGAUAUAUCAAAUGCCCGUAUUCUUGAUCAUGAGAUAGCUGAGGUUUUGGAAAAUAAGCCGAAGAAGACUUUAGAGGAAAUGCGAUCUUUAGACUGGCAUCAUAUUGUAGAAUGUUAUGAUAUCUUGCCUGAAUCAUUGACCGAAGAAUUCAUAUCGAAACCUAGACCUAUAUCCUCAUCAUCUGACUUAGAAACCGGAGCUUCAUAG